GACAGACUGACUGUGCAAAGACGGCAAGAAGCGACCGACACAGACCGGCGGGGGAGGCAGGCGGCGCAAAGGAAAGGAAAAGACGGGAGGGGGGAACAUUCAGGCAGUGUCCCGUAUUUGGAAUAACCAGGAUCAGAAUACAGUUAGUCUUUUUUUUUAAAGUUUUUUUUAUUUCUUUUUGACGUGAAACGAGUUUCUUUGUAACCUUCAACAGAAGAGCCGCAUUUUUUUUUUUUACCGACUGGACUGGAAACUCCCAAAGUAACUGCAGACAAACUAAGGAGACGUUUGGUUUCUGGACGAAGAAUGGGAUUUAAAGAACAUAUCUGCCAGCAGUGAGUUUGAGGCAAACGUGGGGAACGUAUCCCAGCAAGAAAGGAGGAAGAACUAUCGUAGAAAUAUUGGAAGUGUGUGCUUAUUGCGUGUCCUUUGGUGAGGGGCGGGGGGGGGAAAGCAGCGGGGGAAAGAUGGCAUUUAGAAGGGAAGAAAAGUAGCGUUAGCGUCAGUUCCCUGGCUAGCUCCGGAGCUAAGCUAGCAGCGGGCUGCUCACUAAGCCUGUGUCGCCCUUUCAUUCCUGGAGCAGAGGAGGGGCGCUGGGGCUCUCUGUAGCACUGCGGCUCUGCCGUUGCGUUUUAGGGCUCGCUGGAAGAAUGGAGAACCACAAAUAUCUGCCUCGGCACCAGCUCAGGGAAGACUGUUAAUUUUUUCUUUUUAAAAAGGGGGCACCAACUUGAUUAUAUACUGUUUCCCCCAACACUCAGAGGAGAAGAGCGGAGAGAGCUGCAGGAAUCCACCGGCCUGGGGCAGCCUGGGACUAGCCUGCUUGUUUUCUUAUGCACCCGGAGGGGAGUAGGUACAGGGGGGGUUAAAAAUGGAUGAGUCGUUCACAUAUCACCCACCUUAUGGAUACUGGAUCUGUACGGGGAGAUCAUGAAAGGGUCGGUUUUGCGAACGGAACGAGCUCUAUUGUGUCCGCAACACAAAGUUUGAAUAUUUUCAAGACAUCUUCAAGAAGCUAACAGGCCUGAAUAAACAUGUCGGGAGAGGUGCGUUUGAAGAAGCUGGAGAAGCUGCUCCUGGAUGGCCCAGCUCAGUCUAAUGGCCAGUGUCUGAGUGUGGAAACCCUGCUGGAUAUACUGGUGUGUCUGUACGACGAGUGCAACAACUCCCCCAUCAGAAGGGAGAAAAAUAUCCUGGAGUUUUUGGAUUGGGCCAAACCUUUCACUUCCAAAGUGAAGCAGAUGCGUCUGCACAAGGAAGACUUUGAGAUCCUGAAGGUUAUUGGAAGAGGAGCGUUCGGCGAGGUCGCGGUGGUAAAAGUGAGAAACACGGAUAAGGUCUUCGCUAUGAAGAUUCUCAACAAGUGGGAAAUGCUCAAGCGAGCAGAGACGGCGUGCUUUCGAGAGGAGCGGGACGUGUUGGUGAACGGAGACAGCCAGUGGAUCACCACCCUGCACUACGCCUUCCAGGACGACAACAACCUGGUAACACAGAAUCCUUCCUCCUCUGCAGCCUGGGCAGUAGCACAGAAACAUGUUUUCAGCAACUGACCUGCAUGGAAUCAAUAAUAGAAAGAAAUGAAUAAUUCAACUCUGAUGUCACCAUUAUAGAGAUAUUACUAAUGCAAUAAACACAAAAAAGAAUCCGGUUUUAUUAAGGGAGCAUCCUGACGGCUCACUUCCUGUGGAGUGGGCUUAAUGUGGGUGAUGCUUGUAUAAAUAAACAGCUUACGCUUUUUGACGUUGCACAUCCUGCAUUGUGACUAUUGCUCAUACGAACAUUGCGUUGUCAUGCUGCAACAGCUCUGUUUGUGUGCGUCUGUGUCCAUAGUAACGACAUCGGUGUCGGGGUUGCAUCACAG